UCGAUUUUGCUUUGCAGAAUUGCAGACCUCACGAAACGCAUUCUGUGCGCGCUUUGCUCCUGCAGAUCUCAGACCGUCGCGGCGCAAAGAUGGAUGUGAACGGCUGUGUCUACAAAAGCAAAACUGGCGAUAAGGAUCAAGAUGAAAUUUUACUGCAACCCUUCACGUACAUCCUGCAAGUUCCAGGAAAGCAAAUCAGAGGAAAAUUAGCGCAGGCUUUCAAUGUUUGGCUAAAUAUUCCAGAUGAGAAGUUGGCCGUUGUUGGGGAUAUUGUUUUGUUGCUGCACAACUCCAGUUUGUUUUUCAGUAGUUUGCCAAAAGAUAUUGAGCUUGACAGACAGAAAUUGACAAUUGAUUCCGUUCAUAAACCAAAUAUUCUCCUCGGUGAACUAGAUAGUGGAAUUGAUGACAUUCAAGAUAACUCAAUUUUAAGGAGAGGCAUCCCUGUUGCUCAUUCUAUCUACGGAGUGGCCAGCACCAUCAAUGCCGCUAAUUAUGUUCUUUUUAUUGCCCUUGAAAGGGUGCUCAGCCUUGGUCAUCCAGAGGCAACGUCUGUGUAUACAGAACAGCUCUUGAAGUUGCACCGAGGACAGGGCAUGGAAAUUUAUUGGCGAGACAAUUAUCUAUGUCCUUCCGAAGAAGAAUACCGAACUAUGACUAUGUGUAAAACUGGUGGAUUAUUCAUGCUUGCUAUCAGGUUGAUGCAGCUCUUUAGUGACAAUAAGUCUGAUUUUACGAAACUCACAGGCAUACUUGGACUCUACUUUCAAAUCCGUGAUGAUUAUUGUAAUCUUAGUCUGAAGGAGUAUUGUGAAAAUAAGAGCUAUUGUGAAGAUCUCACGGAAGGCAAAUUCAGCUUCCCUAUAAUUCAUGCCAUCAAGAGUCGACCAGAAGAUCGACAAGUCCUAAACAUCUUGCGGCAGCGAACGCAGGAUGUCGAAGUUAAACGCUACUGCGUCAAGCUCUUGGAAAAAUUUGGUUCUUUCCAGUACACGCACGAUGUACUAGUGGAAUUGGACAGACAAGCACGAGAGGAGAUUGAGAAACUGGGUGGGAAUCCAAAAAUGAUGAUGAUUUUAGAUGAACUAUAUAACUGGAACCAAGAGACUGAGUAAGGUUGACAGCAGAAGCCUUUUUAAAUGCUGGAAAUUAAAAUUUUGAACUUGGUUUUGGAAGCUUAAAAGCCGAGAAUACUUGAGUUGCUCACAGAAAUUAGAGGAGUCGCAUAUAAUAGGUCAAUUAUAGUGGAUUUAGAUCAAAA